GGGCUCUUCAUAACGCCACAGUGUAGCAAACUAGUGCUUUAGCAACUGGACUGCCGUCUGUGUGUCACUGGAACUGGGUUUGAUAGGGACUAGCAUGGCAGAUUAUCUGAUCAGUGGAGGCACAGGGUAUGUUCCUGAAGAUGGUCUCACAGCACAGCAGCUCUUUGCUGUUGGGGAUGGCCUCACCUACAACAGAUCAGGUCAUCAGUGUGAUUCUGAUGGACUCACAGCAGAAGAGCUAUGCUCAAAGGGAGAUGGAUUGACUUAUGAUGAUUUCCUGAUACUCCCUGGGUUCAUUGACUUCACUGCUGAUGAAGUGGAUUUGACCUCUGCUCUUACCAGGAAAAUCACCCUGAAAACACCCCUGAUCUCCUCUCCAAUGGACACUGUCACAGAGUCCAGCAUGGCUAUUGCAAUGGCACUUAUGGGAGGUAUUGGGAUCAUCCAUCACAAUUGCACACCAGAGUUCCAGGCCAAUGAAGUUCGUAAAGUUAAGAAAUUUGAACAAGGGUUCAUUACUGACCCCGUGGUGAUGAGUCCUCGCCACACUGUGGGGGAUGUCUUCGAAGCUAAAAACCGCCAUGGAUUCUCUGGAAUUCCUAUCACUGAGACUGGGAAAAUGGGGAGCAAUUUGGUGGGGAUUGUCACAUCCAGGGAUAUUGACUUUCAGACUGAGAAGGAGUAUGAUACACCCCUAAGUAAGGUGAUGACAAAGCGGGAAGAUUUGGUUGUUGCUCCUGCGGGUGUCACUCUGAAAGAAGCAAAUGACAUUUUACAGCGCAGCAAGAAAGGAAAGCUGCCCAUUGUGAAUGACAGUGACCAAUUGGUUGCAAUCAUUGCUCGGACAGACCUGAAGAAGAACCGGGACUACCCUCUGGCAUCCAAGGACUCCCGUAAACAACUGUUGUGUGGGGCAGCCAUAGGGACCAGGGAAGAUGACAAAUACAGGCUGGACCUGCUACUGCAGGCGGGCGUGGAUGUGGUGGUUCUGGACUCAUCGCAGGGCAAUUCGGUUUAUCAGAUUAACAUGAUACAUUACAUCAGACAAAAAUACCCUGAACUGCAGGUUGUCGGUGGGAAUGUGGUAACUGCAGCACAGGCUAAAAAUCUAAUAGAUGCAGGUGUGGAUGCUCUCAGAGUUGGAAUGGGGUGUGGCUCCAUUUGCAUCACGCAGGAAGUUAUGGCUUGUGGCCGACCCCAAGGUACAGCAGUAUAUAAAGUAGCCGAGUAUGCCCGUCGUUUUGGGGUUCCUGUUGUUGCAGAUGGUGGAAUUCAGACAGUGGGACAUGUAGUGAAGGCUCUUGCACUUGGAGCUUCUACAGUGAUGAUGGGAUCACUUCUGGCAGCUACCACAGAGGCACCAGGAGAGUACUUCUUCUCCGAUGGUGUGAGACUAAAGAAAUAUCGUGGGAUGGGUUCCCUCGAUGCAAUGGAGAAAAACAGUAGCAGCCAGAAACGAUAUUUCAGUGAGGGGGACAAAGUGAAAGUUGCUCAGGGAGUGUCUGGAUCCGUCCAGGACAAGGGGUCCAUUCACAAGUUUGUCCCAUACCUGAUUGCUGGAAUCCAGCAUGGCUGUCAGGACAUUGGGGCUAAAAGCCUGUCUAUUCUACGUUCCAUGAUGUAUUCAGGAGAGCUGAAAUUUGAGAAGAGAACCAUGUCUGCUCAAGUAGAGGGAGGAAUCCACGGGCUUCAUUCUUACGAGAAACGGCUAUACUGAUGGAGGGGGCAGAACUCAACUACGAAUGGCUUCUGACGUCCCAUCUGCUUUGGCAACCAAGCAAAAUGGUCACAUCUGAAAUUGCACAUGCUGCAAUCUUGGGUGCGGAGCUGAUAGUACACUAAUUUAUGAUGAUAACAAUUUUGCACUAUCAAUGAAGUAUCUGGGUUUAAAUGCCAUGAUUACAUUGUCCUAACCUUAAACAAAAAUAAAUAAAUAAAAUAAACAGAAUAGCUAUGGAAGGGACCAUGCUUACAAAGCUAGCAGUUUAAAAGCAUGCUUAAGAAGCUGAGAAAUCUUUGUAUAUAGAGCAGAGAUGAUCCCUUUCCAGUGCUUUUUUCAGGAGAAAUGUCACAGACCAUUAGGUUAGGGUAAUGUGUGAAAAAAACAAUGUUGUCUUGCUACUUUGUUUUGUGGCAAACAUGGUUUUGUCAAUGAGUUCAUUUAAGUUAUUACAUGUAAUUGUUUAUAAAUCGAGCACUUUUUUUUUUUUUUUUUUUUUUUUAACAAUAACAAAUCAGAGAAACAGAUGCCCAGGAUAAUUUCGUGUCCCAAAGCUCACAAAGGUCGCCAUGCAGUUCUGGUCAAUAUUGUUACAGCUUCAGGGUUGUGUGCAGUAAGGCUCCUACCAUAGAGCAAGCACUAAUUACUAUGGUCUGAAACCUGUAAAGUAAACAUAAUUAAUAACUAUAUUCUUGGGAACAGAAAACUUCAUGAGACAUUCCAAAUACUUGGGCAGAGGUAGUCUUAUAAGAAUGUCUAAGAUACUCCAUAGCUCAAUUUUGGUCACAGCAAAGUUUAGUUUUCAAAAAUAAGAUGAUGGUCAGUGAGUGCACCCGUCACAGAAACCUUGGCUUGAUGUUCAGAGGUAUGAGAAUUUAGUAAAGCUUAAUGUCGCCUGGAGUUCACCUGCAGAGUCUUUAUUGGGUUGCACCAUUAGUAAUUCCAGUUUCUCUCCAUGUGAAUCUGGAGUCGCAGAUUACGAAACGGCAGUUCCCUUAGCAAUCUCUCUGACCUGUCUUUUUUUUUUUAUUUGACCUGUAGGAAGUUAGCCAGCCUGCCAGACGUGUAGAAUGAGGGAACUACAAACUACUAUUUAAAACCUCCCGAUCAUAAGGCGUCUUGGAUUAUCCUGUAUGCCGAUUAGUUUGUAGUUUUGUAAAGUAGCCUUAUGUCAGGGAUAUGUUAAACCAGAGAGCCUUAUGAAGGUGUAGUGUGUUUUUAAACAGAAAAGACUGUCGUCUAGACUAAAUGUUAUUGAAGGUAGCAAUAGAUUAUCCGAAACUAACGGUGGUACUUUUAUAAAUGUACACCAUCUUAUAUUACAAACAUGGUUAACACAGCUUUAUUAUUUAUUUUAACCAGAAAAAUACCAAGAGCAUGCCUUGAAGAACCUUUCUGAUAUCGCUCGUUGUUUUUUUUUUUUUUUUUUUUCUCUCUGUGGCAAGUCUUAUUAAUUAUUGUUUAAUUUUAACCAGGAAUGACCAACCUCUGGUAUUUUUAACAACUAUACAAACAACACCACCACAAUCUAAAUGUGGUAUUGUGUUAUGUUGAAUAAAAGUACACAUUUAAAAUAUGGGUGGCACAGCCCCUUCUUGUCUUGCAUAGUAGAUUUUUCAAUGAAUACUCCUAGGUAAAAAUCACAAAUGUAAGAAACAGUGAUGCAAAGCACUGUCGGGGUAGAUUAUUGGUGUAUCGGUACAUUUAAUUGUCAAAAGAUUUGGCACAUUAGCUUCUCCUAGUCAAACAUAUUAAGUAUCUUGAAAAAAAAAAUGCUUGUGCUUACAAAACUCCAGCUUUGUGUCUUACGAGAAGCAUGGGAUUUGUUUGUUUUUCACUGUGAAUAUGAAUAGGUAUUUAUGUAGGUGUUCAUCAAAAAGGCAUCAUUAACAGCGUGUUCCCUAGUUUGUGGAUAUUAACAGAUCCGAAAUAACCCUAUACUCCUUGCCUCCCUUACUGUUAGCCUUACCUGAUCUUGUGUAUUAAUAUUCUUGAACCUUGGAAAGCAAGUUGCAAUUUCUGCUUUUUUUAGUUCUCUUUCCAAGUGCACCAUUUUGCAUCUGAAGGUAUAUGAAACAUGUUACAGAAAACAUGGAUGUCCCUGAUCUGUGUUCAGAUGGUAGUAUAAUUCUGUCCUGGAGAACCAUUCCUGCAAGUGUAUAGAUGGAAUAACCCCCCUCCCCCAAGUUCCUAUGGAAGCAAUAUUUAUACGAAGUAGCUUAUUUUUUUACUAUGCUUCUACAUUUUGCCCUUUUUGUAAACGGAUAUGGCUGUUUUUCAGUUCAUUUUGUUUUUCAGCAUGUUUUAUCAAAUUAUUCAAAUUGUAUCUUUAAAUUAUCAUCCACAUGUUACACUGUUUGACAGCAGUUUGGAUAUGUUUUGGUUCAAAGCAAUUUAAAAAGCGUGCCUCCUUUUAGACCUGUUAAUGUACGUUUCCAGAAUGGCUUUGUCAGAUGAGCAAUGUGAAUGUUAAUAGUUGAUCUAGAGUGGGAGUUUACCCAAUUCAAAUUCUUACUGUUUACAUGCAUGACGUUGUUGUUAGUAGGGGUGUACUUAUUUGUCUUCACUGUUAAUUUUAAUUAGCUAAAAAAGUGGUGAAUGAAUAACGCAGGCACUGAAAUAUGAAUUAAAAUAGGGCCCUCUGGAAUUUCACAUACUUAAUAUUUCGGACAAUAAUGCAAAUGUACACCUCGGUUGGAACAUGUGUUUACAUGAUGUUACACAAAGGGCUCUAUUCUAAUAAGUUGAAUGGUAGCUCUGUUUAAAUUCACUGCUGCUUAUAUGAUUAAAAUAGGGCCGGGUAAUGUUACACCAUAGGUGUCCUCGAAGUAAUCUGCUUUUGCUGCUUUACCAAAUGUGACCUGUAGAGGUCACUGUCAGCCCAAACCUUAUAUCCAUCUUCAACUAAAAUGCAUCACUGCCCCGGGUUGCACUUUGGAUAAUUGAAAAACUGCCCUUGCUAUUUCUCUUUUCAAACUUGUUGCACAUUGUUGUUGGCAUUGUUUUUAAAUGAUAGAUUUUUAUUAUUGUUCAUUUAAAUAGGGCAGUUGUGAUGUAAACCAGUCUGAACUCUUGGGUGGUUUUACAGACCUUGAUUAGCGCUGUAGUCCAAGAUUAGUGCUAAUCAGGGUCCCUGAAACCAUAGGAUAAUGGAAUGUAAAACGGAAUCAUUUUAUCGUAACUAGAACUGGAGCUUAUGGUCAUUUGUAAAAGUAGAUGCUGUACAAAGAAAGUGAUUAAAAAAAAAAAAAAUGCUGUUUUAUCGUCUUGUUUAAAAAUAGGUUCCCUUUCAAGUAGGGAAUAUUAACCAUUAUAAAUGGGUGUUUCCCUUUAAGACACCCAAACUGAAAACUCUAUGCCAAAGAUUCUUGGUAGAGGAGGGUGGCGCUGCUGAGGCUGCACCCGGCAACCACAAAAUAGCAACAUGACCUUCCAGCCAUUUUCUUUUUUCAGCCGUGCUGAUUACUCCGGAGACAGUAUAGUCUCGAUAUACCUAUUGUUAGCGCUUUUAAGUGAUUUAUUUAUAUUUCAAGCUGUAUUUCUGUUUCAUCUGUGCUGGGUUAGUCCCACCGUGGCCAUUCCAAGGUAGUCAGCCUCCUGUGGGAGAGAUUUGAGAUGGCAGAGGUGGACUUCUUUGUUUUCAGGAGUCGGCACAUUGUCAUCUAUGGUUCUACAUAAACGGAGAAGGGGGACCCCUGGGGAUAGAUGCAAUGGCACAACUGUGGCCAGCACGUCUGCUGGAUGCGUUUCCACCGCUUGCGCUGCUUCCACUGUGUUUGGAGAAGAUCCUACAAGACUGGGCCAGGGUGCUCCUAAUAGCCCUGCUCUGGCCCACGAGAGUCUAGUUCUCCUUUCUGAUGCAGCUCCUGAGCGGUCAGCCAUGGGAACUGCCGAUGCGUCACGACCUGCACAGGCACGGGGCACUCUGUGGCACCCCAACCCAUCAAGUCUGCAGCACUGGACUUGGCCCCUGAACGGCUGCAAAUGAGCCAUCUGGGGUUAUCAAACAGCAUGACUGACUCCUUACAAAAUGCUAGGGCAGCCUCUACUCAUUCCCAAUAUGGGUACAAAUGGGGUGUGUUCUAGACAUGGUGUUUGGCUUGUGGGUUUGAACCCACAACAUGCCCAAUGACAGUUAAAUUGCAAUUUUUUACAGGACCUUUUUGAUGAGGGGAAAUUUCCCACUAUUCUAAAGGUCUAUUUGGCAUCCAUUGCGGUGUGCUAUGUGAAAACUGAUUAAUUACCUGGAAGGGCAAUUUUUAAAAGGCACCCGAUGGCUUAGGCCACUGGUGAAGGAUUUUGUUCUUCACUGGAGGUUAAAUGUCACGCUUAAUGCAUUGACAAAACCUCCAUUUGAGCCCAUGCAUUCGGCUGAGCUUACAUUUUUGUUUUCCAAGACUGCCUUCUUGCUUGCAGUCACCUCCACUAAGCUGGUGAGUGAAAUGCAAGCAUUUUCAAUUUCAAAAGCUUGUCUAUAACAUAACAAAGGAUACCCUUUAUAGUAACCCAGCUUUCCUGCCGAAGACCGUCUCGGCUUUCCUCGUUAAUUAGUUGGCGGAGUUGGAGGCUUUCCUUUCCCCUCCUUUCCAAUCUGACAAGGAUCGCCAGCUCCAUAUGCUUUGCCCAGUGUGGGCAUUAGCAUAUUAUGUGGAGAGGACUAAAAGCUGGAGGCAGUCGGAACAACUGAUUGUUUGUUACGGGGCUAAGUCCCAGGUACAAGCUCUGUCUAAACAGCGUCUGUCCAAAUGGUUAGCAGGCAUGGUACAGACUGCGUACGAACUAGCCAAUCUGCCCCUGACUGAGAAGCUCACCAGCCAUUCCACCAGGGGUCGGGCGACUUCAUGGGCAUUGUUCCACGGUGCACCUAUCCAGAACAUAUGCAGUGCAGCAGCGUGGGCUUCCUCCCAUAUGUUUGCUAGGUUCUGUCGGCUGAAGGUCAUGGACCUGCAGAAUCCUGGAUUCUACCCUCACGAUCGAACAUUAGAGGUGAGUCCAUCUUCUGUUUUUCAGUGUGGAACAUUACUGUGGCACAAGCGGUCCUAGCUUGCAAUUGGGUUGUAUGCCAUAUCCUUGUGACAGCUUUGGUAUACUUAUUUGUUAUGGUUAAUAUUGCCUACUUGAAAGGAAACGUUAGGUAUCAAUCCUGUUUCCCUGAAAUAGGAAUAUUAACUAUAAACUUCCGGCUUGUGGCGUUCGUGGUCAUAGUCUUUGAAAGAAAAUGGCAUUGCAGGAAGGGUGUGCUGCUAUUUUGUGGUUGCAGGGUGGAGCCACAGCAAUGCCACUGUUCUCUAGCGAGAAUCUUUGGUAUAGAGUUUUCAGUUUGGGUGUCUUAAAAGGACACACCCACUUGUAAUGGUUAAUAUUCCUAUUUCAUGGAACCUGGGUUAUGAUAACAACCUAACGUAAUCUGGUGAAUAUUGAAAAUGAAUUUGUUGUGUAGCUUUUGUUUAUUUUUUGCUUUUAUAUCCUUAGUUUAGUGUCAUAUUUUCUAUUGAAACGGUUUCAUAGCACAAAAGAGUCGAGCAUUGUAUAAUCUCAAAGAUAUGUCUGCUGGGUGAACCGCGGCAUAUUCACUUUUAAAGCUUUACAUUUGUUAAUUCUGUUACUAUAUUGUAAAAAUAAAUAAAAGAAAUGCAGCAAAGUAGAAAAUGUGACCUCUGUCAUCAUUUUGUUGUGUUUAUACUACGAGAGUUGAAGUGUUGUUUAACAUCCUGUCUGCUGUUUUGAACACUCAAUUGGUUUGCAUUUGCAAUAAUCUUGUUUAGAGGGUAUCAACACAAGACUGACUCAUACUUCUGAUUUCUGCUCCCUGUUAAUUAAUAAAUGUAUUUAUUGACCUGCAUUUUAAAUUGCACGUUGCUGUGAUAGUCUAGAUUUAUUGUUUGUUUUCCUUUUACAAAACUGAGCUUUGAAAGCUGUUUCUCAACCUUUUCCAUUUAAUGAAAAAUGGACUAACUCCACUGACAUGACAGUCUUGACCACAUCAAGGCACCCGUGUCACUAUACAAAUAAACGUCUCAUAUAGCAUUUAAAAGACUUUAGAACAACCUAAUUUAAAAAAAAAAAAAAAAAAAGCUAGGAAAGUAAUAAGGUAACAUUGGUGCUAUUUUGUAGUCCUAACUUUAGAGCCAUAACAUUGGAGUUUAAAUUGUGUAACUUAAAUGAACAGGUAAUAUUUAAUGUUUAAUAUUGGUUGUCUUUGUUUCUUACAGUUGUAAAUGGACAAAUCAAAUCCUUCUGAUGUAUGUGCAUGUAGUCAAUGUGGUGUGCCUGUCUGAC